AUGGAUAAUUCUCGAGUACCCGAACCGGUUGCUCUCUUUUUGGCUUUUGUAUUUUCCGUCAUUGUAUUUUUUGGCGGAAUCACAAAUCUGCUUGUGCUUACAACACACAUAAAGUAUCACAAAAAGCUUUUAAGGGAUUCAAAAGACAUUUUAACUUUCAGCCUGGCAAUUGGUGAUUUUAUCAUGUCCGCUCUGGUGACUCCCUUACCUCUUUCCUCUGCCAUAGAAAGGAAAUGGACGACUGGUAGAAAAGGAUGUGUUAUUUAUGGCCUAAUCACCAUGUGGAUAGGCCUGUCUUCCAUUCUUCAACUCACAUGUAUUUCCCUUGAGCGGUACUACACAUUGUGUCGUAUAAACGCUAACGGUAUUUGCACAACACGAAUUAUUCAAAUGAUCGCUGGUUGCUGGUUGCUGGCCUUCGUUGCGAGUACGAUGCCAAUGUUUGGGUUCUCAGAAUUCACUUUUGAAGGAUUUGGCCUACACUGUUCGAUUGUUUGGAAGAGUGCGCAAGUUUGGUACUGCUUAUUUCUUCUGCUGUUCUUCUACGUUCUACCGAUCACAUCAAUCGCGAUCUCUUACGCCAAGAUGUUCUCAGUCGUUCGCAAAAUUUACCGCAACGCUGCAAUUACGUGGGGGACUAAUGCUCAAGCCACAAGAAAAAGUUAUACCGCACAAGUAAAGUUUACCAAACAGCUAGUUGUUGUCACAUGUGGGUUUAUGAUUGCUUGGACUCCGUACGCUGUCCUGUCGAGUGUUCUGGUACUAACCGACAUCGAAUUUGACAGUGGAUGGCAUGAGAUGCCCGCUUUGUUCGCAAAGACAUCAAAUAUAUACAAUCCUGUAAUCUAUUUUUUAAUGUACAGACGUCUUCGUCGACACACCUCUAUGAUCUUUAAUAAAACACUGAAAAUUUUCCCUUCCUUAAGUUCCCGUUCCUCGGACCGUUGA